CUCCCGAAAGUGGGUCCCUGGGGACCGGAGGCCCAGGUGGGUGAGAAGAGGGUGCCUGCUCGGGGCAAGCCCGGUCCCCGGGCCAUGGGGGGACAGGUGAGGCUGCCGCCCGGAGAACCCUGCCGAGAAGGAUAUGUGCUGUCUUUGGUCUGUCUGAACUCCUCCCAGGCUUCCUGUGAGAUCACAAACGUGUCACUGCUGCCUUACCCUGCCCUCUACACAGACCUGAAUUCCAGCAUAACCAACUUGAGCAUCUCAGCAAAUGUAGAAAACAAGUACAGUCUCUAUGUGGGCCUGCUACUGGCCAUAAGCUCCAGUAUUUUUAUCGGCUCCAGUUUCAUAUUGAAAAAGAAGGGACUCUUGCAACUGGCCAACAAGGGCAUUACUAGAGCAGGACAAGGUGGACAUUCAUACCUCAAGGAAUGGCUGUGGUGGGCAGGAUUGCUGUUAAUGGGAGCAGGAGAGGCUGCAAACUUUGCAGCUUAUGCCUUUGCACCUGCCACCUUGGUCACCCCCCUCGGUGCUCUGAGUGUUCUUAUAAGUGCAAUAUUGUCUUCCUAUUUUUUAAAUGAGCACUUGAACAUUCAUGGAAAAAUAGGCUGUGUAUUAAGUAUAUUGGGGUCCACCGUGAUGGUUAUCCAUGCCCCCCAAGAAGAAGAAGUCACUUCUUUGCAUGAAAUGGAAAUGAAAUUGAGAGACCCAGGAUUCAUUCUCUUUGCUGUGAUCAUAACUGUGAUUUCCUUGGUGCUGAUUUUGAUUGUGGCACCCAAGAAGGGACAGACUAAUAUAUUGGUCUACAUUGCAAUCUGUUCUUUGAUUGGAGCAUUUUCCGUUUCCUCUGUCAAGGGCCUGGGAAUUGCCAUUAAGGAGCUCCUAGCAUGGAAGCCGGUUCACAAGAAUCCCCUGGUCUUCAUUUUGCUUGCUGUGCUUGUGCUAUCGGUAACUACACAGAUUAACUACCUCAACAAAGCACUGGAUACUUUCAACACGUCUCUGGUGACUCCUAUUUACUAUGUGUUCUUCACAUCCAUGGUGGUAGCCUGCUCUGCCAUCUUGUUCCAGGAGUGGUAUAGCAUGAAAGCUGGAGAUAUCAUCGGGACCCUGAGUGGGUUCCUCACCAUCAUCAAUGGCAUCUUCCUUCUACAUGCUUUUAAAAAUACUGACAUCACCUGGAGUGAGCUCACAUCUACUGCUAAGAAAGAAGGCCAGAACAGUUAUGUUUUACUACAGAAUGUAGAUUGUUCAGCCUCAGGAUAUGAUGAUGACAUUACCUUGUUUAGCAGGACUGAUGACCAAAAUCACCAUAAACCUGAACUUCAACCAAUAUAGAACACUUGGAGAAGAGGAAAAUUCUUACUGUUGGAAGGUCUCCUGGUAACACUGGUAUAUUUAACACUAAAGGAGUACUUUAGAUGGGAAGACAAGUAAAAAAGCUUUUGCUUUGGUCACCAAAUUUGAAAAUCAAGUUUUGAUCUUCUUGUAGAAGGCUUGUGUUUUUCUAUUACAUUUUUGCAACCAUCAAAACAUUCCCUAAGCAUAGAAGAAGUUGGGAAGUUAUAUAUGUCUCAGAAGAAUCUUUCUUCCGGUCACAAUAGAUUUGGCACUGCCAGGUGAUGCAUUGUUUCUUUGGUGGCUGAUCUUGGACUCAGGGUGAUUCACAGAUCACGUUAAUUGUGUUCUAACAGCAGAAUAUUAGCCACUGUUCUCUGAUGAGUCAUAAUCUCAAGUCAUUAAAACUAAGAAACAAGAACACUGGUGCCUCAUCCUCUCUUCUCCAACUUCCUUCUUUUUAAAUUAGAAAAUAAGCAACAUAUUAGUGAAUGCCCCUGCUUUGGGAAUCAACUCUUUAGUGGAUUAGGAUAUAGAAAGCUUAUUAAUUUUAAUUUAUUCACAUUAUUACCAACUAAAGAGGGAGGAUAGAAGGAGGAAGAAAACAUUUUAGUCUUCAGGUAAAGAAAAUACAUUUUUUUUCUCUUCCCCAGAAUAGAACACACCACAAAUGAUUAUGUCACAGAUUCUGUUAACAAUGACCUGGAUAACAUAAAAAAAUAAUAUUUUUUCUGAAGGAGUCAAAUUCAGCUUUAGAGUUGCUUAUAAUAUUCAUUUUGUACCAUUUUUUGGAGGUUGGGGUUUUGUAAGGUUUUGUUUGUAUGUUUGUUUGUUUGUUUGUUUUGAGACAAGCUCUUACUAUAUAACCCAUCCUGUCCUCAAGCUCAUGACAGCCCUGCCUCAGCCUCCUGAGUGCUGAGGUUACAGGCAUGCACCACCAUGCCCAGCUUCCUUUAAAACAAUUAUUAUUCCAUAGAUUUCUUCGUUGACACAGAGGUUUUAGUAAAGCAAUCACUGCACUAUGUGAGGUUUAUUUUCUGCUCCAGUUUUCCUCAAAUGUCUUAGCCCUUAAAGGUAAGUUUUCUCAUACUGAAAACAACUAACAAAAUCUUUGUGAAAAGCUUGAACAAAUUAUCUUAAUGGUUCUUUCAAAAUUUGGCACUUCCACUCUUAGUAAAGAAAUCACAGUCAGUUUCAAAAUGGCCACAGCCUCCUGUUUUUCUUAGUGGCAGGUUGCAUUCUUUUCUGUAGAAUUCAUCUUGCCUGUGUUUCGCAUUCAGUUCAUGGGGCAGUGUUUAGGGAGAGUGAAAUUCCUGGAAAACAAAAUUUAAGACCUGAGAACUGGCACUGGAGAGAUGGCUCGCACUGGUUGCUCUUGCAGAGGACCAAGUUUGCUGCCCAGCACACACGGCAGCUAAAACUAUCCAGAUCUCCAAUUCCAGGGGAUCCAACAACCUUUUCUGACCUCUUCAGGCAUCACACAACACAGGUACACUUACAUACAUGAAGGUAAAACACUCAUACACUUAAGCUAAAAAUAAAUAAUUUUAAAGACCCAGAGCUCCUACAGAAAGUGUCUUUUGCUCACUAAAACCUGCAUGCAAUUUUUCUAACUCAUUCCAGAUUCAUGGCAGGAAUAAAUUUUUGAUGAUCUUUAAUAUUUAUGGACAGAUUUUCUGUCACUGAUUUAUAGAGAAGAAACUGCUAUUUUAUUUCUAGAUUAAACAUAUUUCUCUCAAAACAAAUUGAGUAUCCUAACCAAAAAGUUUCAUUUUAAAAGAAACUUUUAGGGUUGGUUGGAUUUUGUUGCUAUAGUUGUAACAUCAAGUAUUAUUAGGUUUUGUUGUUGUUGUUGUUUUACACUUCCCAGGGUAGAAGUAGUAAGCUCUGCUAUUCAGUAUUCUAGUAAAAUGACUUUAACGUUUCUGGUCCUACUGAGCUACGACUGACUUUCUAAGAGGUGACUGCACGAUCAAAGAGAGCCCUUCAGCAGGGGUUACUAUUGAGUGCAAUUUACUGCAUUCUAAGUUUGUGAAAAGCGAUAAUCCAUGGAAGUUCCAUGAGCUGAUACCUCAAGUCAAACACAUGUUCACUGUUCAUUACUGAUUCACUUUGUAUUCAGAUCUAUACACUCUGAACACAAGUUUGUAGGAAAACUAUCUUCUGAAAAGGUAGUGUUUGAAAACUGUACAAAUUCUUUUAGCUUUUUUUUUUUUUUUUUUAACAUUGAGAACUAUACCAGUCCCUCCAGAAUAUCCUCCUGGUGAGAACAUCUAUCAUUUCUCUUGACAUCUUUCCUUAGGCUGUGGUGAUUCUCCACUCUAGUGAUUUUAAAUUUUAGACAUUUAUUAAAUGUCACUUGUUACUUGACACCUUAACUGUCAAGUUUUGCCAUUGGUACAUUGUGCACAGGUCAAAAGUUCCUAGAACACAAGAAUCAAUAUGUUCUGGGUUGGAAAAUGAGCUAGUGUUGACAUAUAUGCCCAGGAGAAAGACCAAGAGAUUUCAUGAGUUGUAAUAUGUGGAGAAGCAAUGGACUGUUGACAAAGCUCUCUGGAAAUGUCAUUGAUGAGCGUAUACACUAAAAGAUUAAUAUGCUACUACAAAUCUAAGACCAAAAACUAGUAUUUCUCACAUAGGAAGAUACUGCUUAAGGAAGAAUAAACUGCUGGGUCCCUCUGUUCACUAAAUUACUUGUGUCAUAUACAUAUGCAUUUUAAUGUAUAUAUUUUUGUCAUCAUGUGGAUAUCUGAAGAUUCUUUUGUCAGUAUCAGCACGUGCCAUUAAGGAUUACAAAGUUGUACUAGGGGAGAACAAAUUGAAAGCUUUUGCUAAUUCUGUAAAGUUAACAGUUUUGGUUUUUGAUUUAUAAUUUCACUGUUGGAUCACCAGUUAAUGAUUUUAGUUUAUAGUAUAAGAUGUUCAUAAAAAGCCAUUAGAUUUAACAACAUCAGAUUAACUUAACACUUAUCUUAUUUCUAAAAAUCUGAAGUGAAAUACAUGGAGAGAGCCUUGGAUUAGGCAUCUGUAAAUAACAGGCACCUCAUAAAAAUUAGUUCUCUUUGAAUAAACACUCUAAUCCUCACAUUGUUAUUACUAAAGCAAUAAGGACCACUGAGCGCUAGUCUUCACAAAUGCUUUGUUUUUUCUCAAUUUCUGUCACACUGCUCAUUUUAAACAAUACAAGUGAAAGUGAAUUCCAUCAUUAUACCAGAUCAAUCAUGGUACAAAAUUAUUCCAGCAAAAAUAUUUUUCUAACAGGCUGACAGAGCAGCUUAGUGGCAGAGUGCUUCAAGAGCACGCAUAAGGCAUUGGGUUUGAUCCUGAGCUUGGAAAAAAAGCCUUAAUAAAACCAGUGAAAUGGAAUUAAAUGUUAUUUUUACCUUCCAGAGCUUUAUGAAAAAGUAACCUAUAAAUGUAUGAAAUGUUCUCAAAUAUUUUGAAUAAAUUAUGUUCAUGAGAUUUUAUAUUUUUCAAAUGCUUACAAAUACUGUUCAUUUUAGAAAGUUUAUGAAUUUUAA